UGCCGCAGGACAUGCCGCCUGCUGGCGGCUAUGACGCCGUUCAGUACAAGCGCAACCUCCCCUCGCGCGGCCUGUUCCGCCCCGGCCCGCUUCUCGCCGGCGGCGCCCUGCUGAUGCUCUACGGCUGGUACAGAGUGGUCAAGGGCAUCCGCGAGCAAAAUGAGCUUGCGCGAGAAAAGAUGUGGGCGCGCAUCCACCUCAUCCCUCUUCUCCAAGCCGAAGAAGACCGCGAUCUUGUCAGGCGGCAUAUCGCAGACCAGGAGAGAGAGAAGGCUUUGGUUGGGGGCAAUUUCCGAGUUUAUAACGCGGACAGGUAUGUCCGGCCGACAUUUGCGGCGACACCGGCGAAUGUGGCGAAGGAAUGAGUAUCUUGCGGAUGCGGGAUUAGAAAAGGGAAACAAAAGGCUGCAUCAGGGACUUGC